CCGGCGGUAGGAGGAGCUGCUGGGUCCCGGGCUGCGCAGGCGCGGCGCUGGGCGGGGUCCACGGCGGCCGGCGGUUUGAACGGGCGGCGGCGGCGGAGGAGGAGACGGAGACAGAGAGACGGAGACUUGUGGCCACGGCGGCCCCUCAGGUAAAGCGGGAUGGAAGCUAUUUUGAUUAGACUUCAGCAACUUACGCCUGCUGAGCUCAGACAAGAAAUCCUUGGAGCGGGGUUGAACUGGGGACCCAUAACUUCAACAACCCGUCUUAUUUUGGAGAAGCGAUUAGCUCAGGCUUUAUUGGAAAGUCAGGGAGGAGGGGCAGCAGCUAAACCUGAAGACGACUCUGCUUUGUUCAGCUAUCCCACAAGCUGCAGUUCUGUAACGUGUUUGGCUGCUUCCUAUUCACCCAGUGAUACACAUGCCAGCAACAAAGACUGUCAUGGACAUGAUGUGGGAGUGAACCUUCCAGACUCGCCGCAAACCGUGGAUGUGAGUGGUUUACAGAAUAACACUGAAUUGACUUCAGAAAGAUCAGCUGCCUCUCCUUUAGUUUAUUAUGGAGUUUGUCCGGUCUGGGAUGACAUUUUGUCCAGAAAUGAUAAAGUCCAUGUAUAUUUGGAUAAGAAGGAAGCUCUUCAAGCUGUGAAGAUGAUGAAAGGCUCACGGUUCAAACCUUUUACAAACAAAGAAGAUGCGGAGAAGUUUGCCAAAGGUAUUUGUGACUACUACCCUUCGCCAACCAAACCUUCUGCCUAUGUAUCUGCACUAACGGGCAGUGUGAUCCAUAAUAGAGAUUGCCUGAAUUCUCUGGAACUGGAAGCCACCAACAGGGAGCGAGCCAACAGUUAUAAAAGUCCACGCUCUCAGGACUUAACAUCAAAGCUGCGGAAAGCUGUUGAAAAAGGAGACAAGGCUGCCUUUCUUGAACUUGUGUGGAGUAAUCCACGUUACCUCAUUGGUUCUGGAGACAACCCGACAGUUCUGCAGGAAGGAUGUCGCUACAAUGCCAUGCACGUCGCUGCUAAAGAGAAUCAGCCGCAAAUCUGUCAGUUUCUACUGGAGACAUUGGAAAGUCGUGAAUUCAUGCUGCUGAUGUAUCCUGAUGAUGAUGAAGUUAUGCUGCAAAAACGCAUCAAAUACAUAGUUGACCUUUAUCUCAACACUCCUGAUAAACGGGGCUUUGACACUCCACUGCACUUUGCCUGUAAGUUUGGACAUGCCGAGGUAGUUAACAUCUUAUGCUCCCAUCCCGAUAUCUGCAAAGUUUCGAAGAACGCCUACGGAUCUACUCCUAUGGAGGUUAUUUGUGAACGGAAUAAAGCUGAAUCUGACGAAGUAAAGGGAAAAAUCAGAGAAUAUUUACAAGAUCGAUGUUAUGUGCCAUUGCUGAGAGACAUUGACAACUCAUCCCCACCUAUCAUCGCUCCUCCCUGGUCACCUGAUGCAUCCGAUAGGCUUCUCUGUUCGUCAUUUCACAAACACUCUGGCAAUCCUAAAGAUCCAGUUAUGGCAGUCAAGGCAUUUGCAGGACCCAUGUCUCCUUGCAAGGCGAGUGAAUUUCGGCGCGUGUGGAAAACUCCGUCCCGAGAGAGUGCAAGCCAGUUUAAAAAGACCGAUGCAGAUCGAGGCUACGAGCGAGUGGGAAGGGACAUAGCUCAUGAACUGGGGCAUCCAUGGGCUGAAUACUGGGAAUUUCUUGGCUGUUUUAUUGAUCUGGCAGCACCAGAAGGAAUCAGAAAAGUUGAAGAAUAUCUGAGCAAAAAAGAAUUGAGUAAAAACUCUGAACAGGAAGGAGACAUCUACAUCUGUAAUAGAUUCAAGAGUCCCCCACCAAGUGGUAAAAACAGUAAAUACAACAACUCUGUCUCCGUUGGUGCUUUUCUGGAUAUUGAAGAAAUAAAAAACAGACAAAAUGCAGCAUUGAAGGUCAGCAAGUCGGCCAUUCUCCCCGGCAGCGGCUUUGGGGCCAUUGAAGAAAACGGGUGCCAUAUACUCCCCGUGCCUCGCCCCCCGGACAUCAUCGACUCUGUGGCCAAUCUCAGUCGCCCCGACAAAGAGAUCUUGCCAAACCUCAACGGAGUUUGUUCGCCUGUCGACGAGAAGCCAGUCGGGCGAUGUCCUUGCUCGGACACCAUCGCUGGCUCGGCAUCUGACCUCUUUCCUAUUUCUAAUCUCAUGGCUGAGUUUGAAAAACUUUCCCUGCUGGAUGACAAGGAGAGACAUUUGCUUUCUGACCCGCUCAUCCAAUCUCCAGAGGACCAUGAGAUUGAAGUAACGGCGGCACUACUGGAGAAUAAGACUUUGGAUUUGAUAGCUCACGGCAGAUUUGAUAGCUCUGGGUGUAAGCAGGGUGCAGCUGAACAAAUGAACGCUGAGAGCACUGGGCUGCCUGAGACAGGAUUGAACAAGGAGGUCGCAGCGGGUGGUGCUGAUGAAAUCACUCACUCACUGUCAUUGUGCACGUCUAAGAUAGCGACUUUACAGCUGGAAACCGAGGGCUGUGCAGAGCACGGCAGCUUGUCUUAUAGUACAGAGCAAUCUGAUGCCACCACACGGGACAUUUCAACACACAAAUCCAAUACCGCUCAAACCCAACUAAAGCCAUGGCUCAACGUGCAAUGGGACAACCUCAGCAGAUCAUCAGAGGACAGACAGCUUCUGCCGCCAAAGCAAACUCCGGGGCACGUCAGGAAAGGAGAUGCCAAGGGCAUCUAUCUGGUUGGAGAUGGACCGACUAAGCUUGACUGUGAUGUCCUGGCUGCUCUGGGCAGCGCUGAUGUUGAUCCCCAGCGGUUCCCAUGUGUCCACCAAUGGAGGAACAGAGUGAUGUCUUACUCUACCUCAGACAUGCAGAGUUGGCCGAGCCCAGCUCUGCUCAAAGGGAAACGGAGAGUGCAGCCGCACACCCCGAGCUCCCCCUGCAGCCCCGGCACCUCCAUCCUCAGGAGACCUGGUUCACCGUGCUGCAGCACUGCAAUGUUUGGGAGCUCGCCCUACUCUGAGUUCGGAAACCCAGGUCGCUACAGUCCAGCAUAUGCAAGCCAUGUCCAAGUGCAGCACCUUCUGCACUUCAUUGAACCCACCGAGUUCUAACACUUAGGGUUGUGAUGCCAUUACUUUGCCCCACUUUAGAGGGGGAAUUAAUUUUAUAUUUAAGAUCAAUUGUAGUUUCCUAAAUAUGUCUACUCCGUACAAUGGAUGCUGUGUGCUGUUUGAUUCUGUUGGUGUGAAUCAGUUUUCAUCGUAUUUCUUUACUGCUUUAUUAGAAUUUCUCAACUUCCUCAGUAAUCAAUGUUGACGCUGAUUUCUCUUGCUUUUCGUUCAUCCAGAUAUUUGUAUAUUUUAACUUUUUAAACUUCACUUCAAUAAAAUGUUGUCUCUUAUUUAGACUUUCCAUUAAAAAAAGUCCAGACUAGGGGAUGGUGGGAGGUUUGGGGUAUAGUAGAGAACUUUGUAGUCAGAGCACCGCUAUAGAUGACAAAUGAACCUUGUCCUACACAGCACCAGACUGAUGCAGUCAGUAAUAUUUUAUCAUAAUUUCUGUGAAAUUCCUGUAAAAGUCCAUUGAUCUGGGGACAGCUUAAAAGAGGAUUUGUUCGUUAAUAACACCGCUAUUAUUGGUGAGAAAUAUGUUUGAGGAUUGUUAAUAUUAAAAAAAGUGUUGUAUUGGAUGUGAAGUUGGGUACUAUGUAAAAUGUGGUGGUGUGCAGCAUGGUGGGAAAGACAAGCAAGUAAGUGGUGUGUAACAGAUCUGGCGGGCCACACCUUGAUUCCAUUCACCAUAAAGUAUUCUCAGUAUGUUUGUCAAUUCUAUUAAAAGAAAUUAUUUAUUUGUUGCAAGAAAAGUGUAUCUCUGGCUUCUGCAAGCUUCUUAGUGCUUUUUUUUUUAAUGAAACAUUUUGUUAAAUGGAGCUCUCAGCUAGUUUUACAGUAGUCUUUAAUGUAAUUGAAUCCAGCAUGUAGAAUAGGUUCUUGUGAAUGUUUAGUCGGCGGAGACCAGCAAAUGUUGAGUGUAUGUUUUGUUGCAGACACAUGGGAGAUACUGUUUACCAUGGAAGCACUUCUCUAGUCCUGGACAGAGUAGCUUUAACAUUGUCGCCUCUUGGUGUGUGUCCAAAUGUAUGGUCUGAUUCACUCUGACCUCCCUCACAGCACUGCACACACCCGGGCUCUCAUACGUAUUCACCGUACAUUUAUUGCAUAAAUGUGAAAUGGUAAACUACUGAGAAAAGAAUAAACAAAACAAUGCAGAAAACAAAAGCAUUUUAGUUGUUGUUGCAACAUUUCAGUAUAUUUUUAAGGUCUAGAGUGAUGUACUGAAAGUUAUUAGCAUGCAAUGCUGGAGAAACUCAACGGGUGAGGCAGCAUCUAUGGAGCGAAGGAAUAGGUGAGGUAAGGGUCUCGACCUGAAAUGGGAUGACUAGAACUGCCCGCAAUACUCCAAAUGCAACCUUUCCAUAAAGUUUUAUACAGCUGCAUCAUGAACUGAAGGGUCUCCACCUAAAACGUCACCUAUUUCUUCGCUCCAUUGAUGCUGCCUCACCUGCUGAGUUUCUCCAGCAUUUUUGUCUACCUUUGAUUUUUCCAGCAUCUGCCGUUCCUUCUUAAACGUGCAAAUCCAAGUAAAUAGUUUAACAGCAUGUAACUAAAACUGCUUGAUUAAUUCCUCUAAAAAAGGCACACGGUGCUGGAGUAAACUCAGCAGGUCAGGCAGCAUCUCUGGAGAACAUGGAUAAUGUGACGUUUCAGGUCUGGACCCUUCUUAAGACUGAUUCAUACUUUAUGAAUGUUUCUGUCAUUUGUUAAUCUGACCUGAUGUGGUUUACUCUAGAUUCUCAAUGAGUUUACGACUGAAGUGCAAACAUCAUUAAUGUUGUGACAGGUUAAAUUCCCACUUGAGUUCAGAGUCUCCAUCUGGAGAUUCUUGACCACACUUAACUUCACUGGAAUACAAUGUGUUUGUAAAGGGACACAGGAAAAUAGUGAAUUUAAUGACUGUUUAAGUACAGACAGUCUCUUAGCUGUUAUUUAAAUAAAUGUAUUAAAUGGGAACAGGAAGCUGCUUUGCUGCUGAAAAUUGUCUAAUUCUCUCAUCUAAUUUUACAUUCAGCAUCUGUUGUGGGUGCUACCUUGCUGUUCAGCCUUGUAGGAAGCAGAGCCUAUUCCUGCCUUCUCCAUAAACUGCAAAAGAUAUCCAAGAUUUACAGUUGAGUGUUAUAUGUGCUACCUAUAUAUUGUACUUUAAGAAUGCAAGGCUUUUAAAAAAUAUUUUGACCAAAAGCAGUUUUUCUAUAAUGUCUGAUUACAGAAAUGACGGAUUUAGUAAAUAUAUCUGGUGUAAUAUUGUACAAAAUGUUCUUGUUGCUGCACUCCAGAACUAAUGAGUUGCAGAAAUGAUUUCCGAGCAUGUUGCCCAUAUUGGAGCACUUGAGUUAUUGGGAGAGAUUGGCCAGCCUGGGAUUGUUCUCCCUGGAGUGAAGGAAGCUGAGAGGUGACCUCAGAGGUUUAUAAAAUUGAGGAGGCAAUGAUGGCUAGUCCUUUUUCCCAGGUUGGGAUGAUCUAAAGCAAAAUAGGUUAAUGAGAGUGGAAAGAUUUAAAGGAAAUCUGAGGGGCAAAGUUUUCCACCCAGAGGGAACUGGGUAAAUGCAUCGUCCAGAGGAAGCUGCAGAGGUGAGUACAAUUACAAUCUUUAUAAAACAGUUUAGAUGCAAAUGGACCAAAUGCAGGCAAAUGUGAUUAGCUUGGUUCUGGUGUGCUGGAGUAACUCAGUACAUCAUAGGCAUGUACCUGUGCUGGAGUAACUCAGUACGUCAGGCAGCACUUCUGCAGCACAUGGAUAGGCAAUGAUUUUGGCCAGGACUCAUCUUCAAAACAUCACCUACAGUGGCUUGCAAAAGAUUUCAUACCCCUUGAACUUUUCCACAUUUUGUCACGUUACAACCACAAACGUAAAUGUAUUUUAUUGGGAUUUUAUGUGAUAGACCAACACAAAGUGGUGCAUAAUUGUGAAGUGGAAGGAAAAUGAUACAUGAUUUUCAAUUUUUUUUUACAAAUAAAAAACUGAAAAGUGUGGCGUUCAAAAAGUAUUCAGCCCCCCCUGAGUCAAUACUUUGUAGAACGACCUUUCGCUGCAAUUACAGCUGCAAGUCUUUUGGGGUAUGUCUCUACCAGCUUUGCACAUCUAGAGACUGAAAUUUUUGCCCAUUCUUCUUUGCAAAAUAGCUCAAACUCAGUCAGAUUGGAUGGAGAGCGUAUGUGAACAGCAAUUUUCAAGUCUUGCCAGAGAUUCUCAAUUGGAUUUAGGUCUGGACUUUGACUGGGCCAUUCUAACACAUGAAUAUGCUUUGAUCUAAACCAUUCCAUUGUAGCUCUGGCUGUAUGUUUAGGGUCGUUGUCCUGCUGGAAGGUGAACCUCCGCCCCAGUCUCAAGUCUUUUGCAGACUCGCAACAGGUUUUCUUCCAAGAUUGCCCAGUAUUUGGCUCCAUCCAUCUUCCCAUCAACUCUGACCAGCUUCCCUGUCCCUACUGAAGAAAAGCAUCCCCACAGCAUGAUGCUGCCACCACCACGUGGUGGGGAUGGUGUGUUCAGGGUGAUGUGCAGUGUUAGUUUUCCGCCACACAUAGCGUUUUGCAUUUAGGCCAAAAACUUCAAUUUUGGUCUCAUCUGACCAGGGCACCUUCCUCCACGUUUGCUGUGUCCCCCACAUGGCUUGUGGCAAACUGCAAACGGGACUUCUUAUGGCUUUUUUUCAACAAUGGCUUUCUUCUUGCCACUCUUCCACAAAGGCCUGAUUUGGGGAGUGCACGACUAAUAGUUGUCCUGUGGACAGAUUCUCCCACCUGAGCUGUGGAUCUCUGCAGUUCCUCCAGAGUUACCAAUGCUCUCCUUGCCCGGCCUGUCAGUUUAGGUGGACGGCCAUGUCUUGGUAGGUUUGCAGUUGUGCCAUACUCUUUCCAUUUUUGGAUGAUGGAUUGAACAGUGCUCCGUGAGAUGUUCAAAGCUUGGGAUAUUUUUUUAUAACCUAACCCUGCUUUAAACUUCUCCACAACUUUAUCCCUGACCUGUCUGGUGUCUUCCUUGGGCUUCAUGAUGCUGUUUGUUCACUAAUGUUCUCUAACAAACCUCUGAGGCCUUCACAGAACAGCUGUAUUUAUACUGAGAUUAGAUUACACACAAGUGGACUCUAUUUACUAAUUAGGUGACUUCUGAAGGCAAUUGGUUGCACUGGAUUUUAUUUAGGGUUAUCAGAGUAAAGGGGGCUGAAUACUUUAGCACACCACACUUUUCAGUUUUUUAUUUGUAAAAAAAUUUGAAAACCAUGUAUCAUUUUCCUUCCACUUCACAAUUAUGCGCCACUUUGUGUUGGUCUAUCACAUAAAAUCUCAAUAAAAUACAUUUACGUUUGUGGUUGUAACGUGACAAAAUGUGGAAAAGUUCAAGGGGUAUGAAUACUUUUGCAAGCCACUGUAUCCAUGUUCUCCAGAGACCCAACGAGUUACUCCAGCACUUUGUCUUUUUUUGGUUCAGCUUAGAUCUUGGUUGCUCAGUAGAGUUGAGCCUGCGUCAAUGCUGCAUUCAUCUAUAACGUUAGGAAAUGUUGGAUCCGAUGUUUUGUUUCAACGGCGCAUAAUAACAAGAGACUCGUUUGUUAAAAAAAAGAACUUUUAUUCACGGGACCCUGUAUUCAACGUUUGAAAACUGCAUUGAGAAACCAGCUGGAAAUAAGUGACACGAUUGGGUAAACUGCUCCUGCAGUGAGUGACAAAUCUGAGCACUAACUACCUAAAGUAAUGCUUCUAGCUCAUUGAUUAUAACAUCCUACCUUCUGUUUAGACUUUCCAUAUUAAUAACCAAAUUGUUUAUUAAAUAAUUGUGAAACAC